GCGGGGGGUUGCCGUUGGGGUGUGAGUGCGCAGGCGCGGGAUGCUGGGUUCUAUCCUCUGCUAUGUUCUGCUGCCGCUCGCGAAACUGCUCAACAGGAUCACAGGUCGGUAUGAUGGCGAUGAACCACCACCAGGAGGCUCCACAUCAUCAGUAACCUCCAGCGAGGAGAUGUCUGAUGACUGCUCCACUCCCCGCCUGUCGCUCCAUCGAGACCAGACCAUGCUCCUGCAGGAGUGGCUGCACGGAGGGGCCAUUGAGGGUCCCCUUCCCUACAGGGACGAGGAAGAAGGGGACGGCGCUGAGUGGCUGGAGCAGGACGAGCCCUGGGAGAACAGGGAUGCAGAUGAGGCCUUUGCCAUGUGGCAGGAGGUGUGCAGGGCGAGCGCUGCCCAUCAGGCCGGGCCGGGGUGGCCAGCCUCCAUUGACGAGGACCCGAGUAUUAUGGGAUGGCAGUUGGCUCCCGUGCCAGAGCUUGGCAGAGGGUGGCAGCUGAUGCCUAGCCAGGGCACAGUGGAGAACUACGAGGGGGGGCUGGAGGAGCCUGAGGACGGCAUGAAUGGGACAGAGAACGAUGGCACACUCCCAGGCAUGGCGGGCUGGCCCUUUCACUCGGUGAUGGGAAUGAACGGGGAAGAGGCGAGUCUGUGGGAGCUCCUGGACCAAGGUGGCGUUGGGAUGAUGGGAAUGGACCCUUGUGAAGAGCUGCUGCGGGUGUGGGAGGACCUGCCGGGACCACCACACACUGACCAGGCCUUCGAGUUCACCAUCAUGUCGUACAACAUCCUGUCGCAGGACCUUCUGGAGAUGAACGGCAGCCUGUACACGCACUGCCCGCCCGACUACCUCACCUGGGACUUCCGCUGCCAGAACAUUCUGCGCGAGUUUGACACUUGGACCCCGGAUAUCCUGUGCUUGCAGGAGGUUCAGGAGGAUUAUUUUCAGCAGCAUCUCCAACAAGCACUGGAGCUCCGAGGCUACAAGUGCACGUACAAGCGGCGCACAGGCUCCAAGACAGACGGCUGUGCGGUGUGUUACCAAGGGGAGCGUUUCUCUCUGGAAUGCGAGCGGGCGGUGGAGUAUUUGCGGCCCGGGGUGGAGACGCUGGACAGAGACAACGUGGGGCUGUUGCUGCUGCUCCAGCCCCAGGACGAGGAGAGCCCCCAGGCCUGGCCCCCGAUCUGCGUGGCCAACACUCACCUGAUCUACAACCCGCGGCGCGGAGAUAUCAAGCUGGCACAGCUGGCACUGCUGUUUGCCGAGAUCGACCGGCUGGCAGGGCUGGGCAGCGGGGCCGGGGACACACGCUGUCCCGUUAUUCUCUGUGGUGACAUGAACUCCGCCCCCCACUCCCCUCUCUAUCAGUUCAUCCAGGACGGCCAGCUGGACUAUUAUGGGAUGCCGGCUUGGAAGGUCUCGAACCAGGAGGACUCUUCCCACAGGCUUCACCAGAGGAGACUGUAUGAGCCGCUGUGGCCUAGGAACCUGGGUAUCACCGAUCACUGUCAGUACCGGAGCCAGAGUGACAGGAGCCAACCAGGGGGAUGGAGGUACGAGCGGGACUUUCUGCUCAGCUUGCGAUACUCUGCCCCCGCGCUGGAGCGUCCACACGGCCUCAUCUUCAUCGAAGGUGUGUCUGACACAAAGCCAGAUGCUGGAAAUCUGAAACACAAACAGCAGUCGCUGGGGUCCUGUCUUGACUCAGUGGCCCCCAGAGGCGGAAUGGAAGGUGACACCCAUGCGGAUGAGAUCUUCUGUACCAGGUCUCGCCGGCUGAUCAGUCACGGUCUGAACCUGACCUCGGUGUACAGCCAUUACCAAUCUGACAGCAAACAGCCCGAGGUCACCACCUGCACCUCCAACAGCUGCCUCACCGUGGAUUACAUCUUCUUCUCCUCACAGACACAAGGUGGUGAUGGUGAUGGUGAUGUUGGGCUGCGGCCCCAGGCUCGCCUCUCGCUGCUCUCCGAGGAGGAUCUCUGGACGGCCAACGGGUUGCCCAACGGGACCUGCUCAUCCGACCACCUGUGCCUCCUGGCUAGGUUUGGGCUGGAGCCUCGUGGUCAGUGACAUACGCUGAGGACGGUGAUGGGGGGGGCUGGGUGGGGGGGGGAGAAGAGGGCGAGGCCUUUCCUGACACAGGGGCGCCAUCCCUCGGCAGCCCCCGGUGGAGGAGGGGGGUGACAAGAACAGGACAAAUCCCCACUUUCACCCCCUUCCCCCCCGACUACCCCAUCCAUUACCAAACUGGCUAUUACAAGCCGGAACACCAGAGGAGGAGGAGGAGGAUGUGAGUGGAAUCAGGAUAGAACAGGGUAAAGAUUCUCGCCCCUCUCCCUGCCCAGCAGCGCCUCUCGCCUCACAGUCAGAAGGUUGUUGGUUCAAUCUCACCUCACCCC